CGAGUUUCCCAGAGAGGUGGAAGUCCUGCUUGCACAAGAAGGAAGAAAAGGACGCUACAUAUCUCUCCCCAUACAUUGACGUCUUUUCGAGCAAGCCCGCAGCUCUAUCAAACGAACCAAGGUUAUCAAGCGUAGCUCGCGUAGCCCCUUUCGCAACCUCACACCCUAAUUCAGCGGAAAGAACGCAUCAAAGGAGCGCGGGAGUGCGAAGUCAGCGCUAAAAGCUCAUACCUCCGCUUGUCAGUAUAUGCUAGGGAGGCCCCCUUGGUUGAGAUAUCCAGUUUGUCAUGAGUAGAGGCAAGGGUUUGGCAGAGCAGGACCUGAAGAAGUUGAACGUCGAGAAAUUGAACCCCCUGUCGCCGGAGGUGAUUAGCAGGCAGGCCACUAUCAAUAUUGGCACCAUUGGCCAUGUGGCUCACGGCAAAUCGACAGUGGUCAAGGCAAUUUCUGGUGUGCAGACUGUUCGCUUCAAGAAUGAGCUUGAGAGGAACAUCACAAUCAAGCUGGGUUAUGCCAAUGCGAAGAUCUACAUGUGCGAGGAUGACAAGUGCCCUAGGCCCAUGACGUACAAGGCGUAUGGCAGCGGGAAGGAGGAUACACCACUCUGCGAUGUCCCGGGCUUUGAGGACAAGAGGAUGAAGUUGCUGCGCCACGUUUCCUUUGUGGAUUGCCCAGGACACGACAUUCUCAUGGCUACGAUGCUGAACGGUGCUGCCAUCAUGGACGGCGCCUUGCUGCUGAUUGCCGGCAACGAAACGUGCCCUCAGCCCCAGACCUCAGAGCAUCUGGCGGCUGUGGAGAUCAUGAAGCUGAAGCACAUCAUCAUCCUGCAAAACAAGAUCGAUCUAAUCCAGGAGUCUGCGGCUGUGAACCAGCAUGAAGCAAUUGAGAAGUUUAUUCAGGGAACAAUCGCCGACGGUGCUCCAGUGGUGCCCAUCUCGGCUCAGCUCAAGUACAACAUCGACGUGGUGUGUGAGUACAUCGUGAACAAGGUCCCGGUGCCCAUCCGGGAUUUCACCUCCUCCCCCAACAUGAUCGUCAUCCGCUCGUUCGAUGUCAACAAGCCCGGAUCUGAGGUGGACGAGAUUCAGGGAGGAGUAGCAGGAGGCAGUAUUCUCCGGGGCGUCUUGAAGGUCGGCCAGAAGAUCGAGGUGCGGCCCGGCAUCGUGACCAAGGACGCGGAGGGCAACCCCAAGUGCACGCCCAUUUUUAGCCGCAUCAAGACGCUCUUCGCGGAGCAGAACGAGCUGCAGUACGCGGUGCCUGGGGGGCUCAUCGGGGUGGGCACGACGAUCGACCCGACGCUGACGCGAGCGGAUCGGCUGGUGGGACAAGUCCUGGGGGAGGUCGGGGAGCUGCCCGACGUGUUCACGGAGCUCGAGGUCAACUUCUUCUUGCUGAGGCGGUUACUCGGUGUGCGGACAAAGGGCAGCGAGAAGCAAGGAAAGGUGGCCAAGCUGGCCAAGGGAGAGGUUCUCAUGCUUAAUAUCGGGUCCAUGUGCACGGGGGCACGGGUGCUGGCCGUGAAGAGCGAUCUAGCAAAGCUGCAGCUGACGUCACCAGUGUGCACGAGAGAAAAGGAGAAGAUCGCACUUAGCCGAAGAGUAGAGAAGCAUUGGCGGCUCAUUGGGUGGGGUCAGAUUCAAACUGGUGUGAAGCUUGAUAUUCCUCCGGUGUCUUUCUAAACACGCAGGGAUUAGUUUGUGUACAGUAUAAACGCAGGUCAGAACGCAAGUAUUGAGCCAGGGUGUAGUGCCUAGUUCUCUCCUCAUUCUACCCUUUCUCGUGGUGAUCUCAGCCAAACCCUCAUCUCCUAAAUAAUCUGCAAUGAAUCGAUAACUCAUUUUGUUGCUUAACAUGUCAUCAACAGAAG